AUUUCUCCUGACUCUCAGCAAAAAAAUUAAAUAAGCGUAUUUCCCAAUGUGUCAAACUAUUUAGAUAAUUCAAAUAAUGAAGUCUAGCUGAGGAUUACCUUCACACAUUGCCAUGUGCCUUUAAAUGUCCUUCAAUGAGCGCACUCCUGUUGCAUGGGCCAGGAAAUUAGAGUAACAGGCCCUUAUGUGCGCAUGGGACUCUGUGUGGAUCCACCCCCUUCACAUAAUUACAUGCUCCCAAUUUUUCCAUAAGGUAGUCAUUUCCAAGGCUGACGUGAAACCAGACACCCAGGAGCACUCAUGGUUAAGGUCCAGAAACAACAUAAGGCCGGCCCGACAUCCUCUCACCUUCCCCAAUCCCCCUUUCCGUCUUCUGCGACUGUUCCUGGGAAGGCUUCGGUGGUGGUUGGCCCAGCUGGCUCCAAGACGGGAAACAGAGUGUGACAAAGUUAGAGUGAGUAAAAGGGAGGACAGAGACAGACAGUCUGAAGGGAAGAAGACAAGAACCACGAGCUGCAACUAUGAAUCCUGCUGGGAACACUUAACCUUUCAGUCGCUGACCAAGAGAAUGGUUGCUGACGAAACCAUCGGAGGCUAAGAUCCCACGCUUGAAGCCAGACCUGGCCAAGUGUCCGUCAUUCUACAUUGGAAGCUUCUUUCUUCUGGAUGAGGUGCUGAGCUGAAGUAAGAUGGCCUCGGACAGAAUGGCAACUCCUCAGAGCAGCUCAAGACAGAGCAGCUCACUCUCUUCAUCUCCAAUGAGCACACGGAUGCAGUCUCUCCAGGUCGACUCUGUCCAGCGCUGGAUGGAGGACCUCCGCCACAUGACAGAGGUGGAGUGUAUGUGCGUCCUUCAGGCCAAACCCAUCGGGGUGGAGGAGGACGCUCAGCAGGGAGAGCUGAUUGUGGCCUCUGGGGUGGGUGCAGGGGACCAUGUGGCCAGGAACAACCUACAGACGCUCCUUCGCCGAGCGCUGGUCGUUAGCACGGAGCUCGGAAAGAUGUUCCAGCGGCUGGAGAAAGGACGCUGGCAGAGGGUCCACAGCACGGCUGUACGGGCAAACUGCCACGUGCGCUCUUUGGUGCAUGAGUACAGUGCUGCACGAAGUACACCACCUGAGAUGCAGAAGUACGAGAAAUCUCUGCUAGAAAAGUGCAUGGAGCUGACCAAUAUCACAGAGAGGUGCCUUCACACUGAGGACGAGUUCUUCUUGAAGUCCAUGAGGGAGGCGAUCCAUGAGAUCCUCACUGAUGUCAGUGAUUCAUUCAGCAACAUGAUCGACAUGGCUUUAGCCAAUGAGAUCCAGGUUCUGAUCAAACAGAUUGAAUCAUCAGACAGUGUACACACCAUCGGCAGUGCCAUUAGCAACCUGCUGUCCCUCACUCAGGAUGGACCUCAGCUCUGCAGCAUCAUUGCCAAGGAAGGAGCUGUGGUGGCCCUGUUUAAGAUCUGCAGGCAGGACCGCUUCAAAGACCUCUACGCUCAUGCUCUGAGAACAGUGGCUUCCAUCUGCUGUGUGGAGGAGGGCAUCAACCAGCUGGACAAGGUGGAUGGGAUCCUGUGCCUGGCGGACAUCUUGACUGAUGAAAGCAGCGUGGAGGCAGCCAGGGCCGAGGCAGCGGCGGUGGUGGCUCAGAUCACCUCGCCUCACCACACAUCCACACAGCACCUCGCCAGCUUCCUGGAGAGCAUGCACGACAUCGUCACUGCGCUCAUCAAGUUGUGCGAGAGCGCCUCCUGUGGUGAAGUGUUCCUCCUGGCGUCUGCAGCCUUAGCCAACAUCACCUUCUUUGACAGCAUGGCCUGUGAGAUUCUCCUGCAGCUUAAUGCCAUCCAGAUCCUCCUGCAGGCCUGUAAAGACCGCCAGAGAGUCGACACACCUUACUCCAAAGACCAGGUGGUGACAAUCUUAGCAAACCUCUCAGUCUUAGAGCAGUGUGCUCCUGAAGUGCUGCAAGAACAAGGCAUAGAGCGACUGCUGCUGCUGCUGGGAGAAAAGCCGUCCUCCUCCAGUCCAUCAGAGGGCGCAGCCUGCGAGCGUGUCCAGCAGAAAGCUGCUGUCACACUGGCCCGACUGAGCAGAGACCCUGAUGUGGCCCAAACAGCCAUCCAGCUAAAAGCUGUUCCUCGUCUUAUUGAACUGUGCCGCUCCCCUACUGAGAGAAAUAACAGCGACUCAGUGCUGGUCGCUUGCCUGGCUGCCUUGAGGAGGCUGGCAGCAGGGUGUCCAGACAGCAUUGAGGCAGCCGACCACCAGCAGCUGAUCAAACCGCGGCUAGUCGACUCUUUCCUGCUGUGUUCCAACAUGGAGGAGAGCUUCGUAUGACGGCCUGCACACCAAGCACUUGGUGGGGGAAAACUGAACUCAUGUACAAGAUCAUGUUCUGUUUCAUGACACAGAAAGGAACUAAUGAGCAGUUUCACUUCAGAACAAAGUAUCUGAGAAGGAUUUUUUUUCCCCAGGACUUUCCAGACUUUAUACUGGAUGCACAGUGAAUGGAGUGAAACUGCAUCAUGUCAGUUUGGACGGAUGGAAAAGACAUUGAUAUGUAAUUGUAGAUAAACGCGUGGUGUUGUGCAACUCAGUGUUCUCAUUAAAAUGAAUAUGGUGUGCUGUUCUAUGGAAAAAGGUCAUUAGCUCAUUUUAUUCCACAUAGAAUUUCAUAUCAGUAAUGAUUUUAUAAGAGUAGGUGCUACUUUUUAAGACUAAAAGUAUAACCUGAUCUGAAAUUAAACACUUUAUAUGCUACCACUGUGCAAUUUUUUGUUAUAGGCUGAGUAUUUAUAUUGUAUCCAAAGCAUUUUGGCUAUUUUAGAACAAAGACAGAAGCUUCAUAUGAGAAGAUAAGACAAUAUAAUGGAUUAUGUAUGAUUAUGUAUAUCUAGUUAAAUCCUUUUUUGUGUCUCUUAUUAUGUUCAUUUGAUCAAAAAAAUGCGUUUUGUUAAUGUUUUCAGUCUGCAGCCACUUUAUUUGGAUAACCAAGUACAACUAAAUUAUUACAGUUAGGUUAAUUAUUAUAUGUUUUCUGUAUUUUUGUGUAUUUGAGUACUUCAAAUGACAUGGCAUGUAGAGUUACUCCCUUCAACUUUUUUGCCAUCAAUCUUAAGUAUUAUAUUUGCUACUGGAAAAUGGAUCUUUAAAAAUGGUCUUGGAUUUGGUAAAAUGCUUUUUAUUAAAAGAGAAUUACCAUUAUUGCUUGCCAUGCAUGGAAUAAAGGCAA